AGAUUUAAAGCACAAUGAGUUUUACUUAUAUCCGUGAUUUGCAACCGUUUCAAUUUAACAAGAAACUCAAAGUACGUAUCUGCAGAAUGUGGCGAUCAAAACUUAUUGGAUCUAAUGACCAAUUCAACGGCCUUCAAUGUAUCCUGGUUGACCAAAUGACAGAUGCAAUACAAGCUAGCAUCAAAGAGAUCAACUAUGAUUUCGUAGCUCCAAAUAUAAAAGCUGGUUGCAUUUAUGAAAUAACACAUUUCCACACUGGUCGCAACAAACCAUCACACAAAGUUGUACCACAUGUUGCACAAUUGUUCUUCAAUGUGAGAACAACUUUCAAAGAACUGCCAACCAUUCACCCACACAUUCCAAGACAUCGAUUUUAUCUGGUCGAUUAUACUCAAUUGUCCACUCGCAUAGACAAAAUUGACAUCCUAACAGAUGUUUUUGGACACAUUACUGGAAUACAGCCAUUGGAACAAAAAAAAUGGUCACCAAUGAGAGGCUUGAGAAUCAAUGUGAAGUCUGCAUUGAAAAUAUCAUGAAAGAAGAUGUUAGAAUAACCCUGUGGGGAGAUACUGCAAAGACUUUUGAUUCCCAAGCUUUACAACAAUUGACAUCGCCAAUAUUUGCAGCUUUUACAAGCCUGAAAGUUAAACAAUUUCAAGGUAAAAUUGUUCUCAACAGUAGUGUCUCCACAUUAAUUUUUAUCAAUCCAGAUAUACAAGAAUUGGC